AUGGGAGAUAUAGGAGUACAAUAUCUUGCUGAUGUUCUACGAGUAAACACGACACUCAUCACAAUUGAACUCGAAUGCAAUCAAAUUGGAGAUAAAGGAGCACAACAUUUAGCUGAUGCCUUACGAAUGAACACGACGCUCACCACACUUGACCUCGGCAACAAUCGAAUUAGAGAUGUCGGAUUACAAUAUCUAGCUAAUGCCUUACAACUGAACAAGACACUCACUACACUUAAAAUCGGCGUAAAUCAAUUUGGAGAUGCAGGAAUACAACAUCUAAGUGAUACCCUACGAGUAAACACGACACUCACUAUAGUCAAACUCUACAACAAUAGAAUUGGAGAUGCAGGAUUAGAAUAUCUUGCUGGUGCCUUAGGAGUAAAUACGGUGAGAGAAAGAAUCUCUUCCUAG